AUGCACGUCACAGGUCCUCUCGCUCUGUCCCUCUUCUCCGUCUCUGCUUUGGCAGCCCCUCCUCAUCUCGAGGCCCGCAAGGGUGCUGCUCCUGUGGGCGGUCCCGCUACGGCAAAAGUGACCAUAUACAGCAGCUAUACUUGCGCUGCGCCAGGCACAGCACCACCCACCGACGGCAGUGCAGGCACAGCGACCUCCUUCACGAUUUCAGAAGGCACAUGCACAAUCCCGACUGCUGGUCUGAUGUUCGGAGGAGCCAUCUCCGCGACUCUGUCAACGACACCAAAGACUGGAACUGUUGGAUGUUAUAUUCUCGGACACAGUCAACAGGGCUGUGGGAUUACGCUCACGAACAAUCUUUAUGGAUGGCCAUUCAAUGGCAUCGCUGCAGGGAACAGCGUCGGCUGUGGUAAUGCACCGGCUGGCACUUCCUGGGGUGCUUUCGAGGUUUUGUGUGUUUAG